ACUUGUUAACGUCAGAUGGGGGAUGCGAGGUACCAGUUGGUAAAAUGACCGCUCCAGCAAUUCGCUGUUACACGGUCCUGAGCACUUCCCUAUUUGCAUUAUGGGCUGCACUGGCCCUGAAUUACCUGAGCGGCCAAUACUAUCGUGCAAACAACCCGGGAAGUGGUUCGAUCAAGCACAUUAGGACAUUUGAAUUGAAGACAGUAACCGGGCAGGUUGAUCGGGCAGCUUUUGAGUUGAAUUUAAGUUACGACCUUCGUGAUGUGUUUGAUUGGAGUGCGAAUGUAAUAUUCCUGUACGCCACUGUCAAUUAUGAGACUCCCAAGCACCCAGUGAACGAGUUGAUCAUAUUUGAUAAGAUCAUAACCUCGAAGGAAGAAGCUUACGAGCCCGGCGCGGAUAUCGUCAGCAAGUACUACAUGAUCGACUAUGCACGUUCGCUUCGCAAAGCUCGUGUAACCUUGCGUCUGCACUACUGUUUCGUGCCCAUUGGAGGUUUAAUCAAGUCGUACCAACUGGCCGAAUCGGUAUUCACGAUGCCAUCGGAUUAUGUACUGUAGGAUGCUAUAGUCCUGAUGGCACCAUCGGUGUGCACAUUGGGUGUUGUUCUGGGUCCUACCUUUGCAUAAUGGGCACAGAUAAGCUCUAAUCAAUCAUUAAGUACCCUUCAAAGCGUAGCUUGUGCGCAAUCGG